CACAAACUGCAGUCUCACUCUCCUCCCCCUCUGUCUCUUUUCCUGCUCUCUUUCCCACCUCUUGUCUCUGUCUCUCUCUCGUUGUCUCUGCAUUUUACCCAACCCCCCUCGUCUGCUUUCAUUCAGAUUAUUUACCCAUCUCCUCCUUGCUUCCUCUGCUGUGUCUUUCUCCUCCCUCUCUUCUUCUCUUCCUUGCCGCUGCUGCUCUAGCCGCCUCACCCUACAUCCCUCCCUUCCAACUAGCGCUCCCUCCCUCCUCCUACUCCUCCUCCUUCUGGAGAUCUUCAAAGCUGCCCAGCACACACUUGCACAUAGCAUAACACACUCCUCUCCUGCGUGGGAAAAACAUGUCAGCUAUUCUGGACCUGGACCAGAUUGCAUGCUCUGGGAAUGGAGUGGAGCAUGACAUUGAGACUCCCCAUGGCGUUCUCCAUGUGACAAUGAGAGGCGUCCCCAAGGGCAACAGACCUGUCAUCCUCACCUAUCACGACAUCGGCCUCAACCACAAGUCGUGCUUCAAUACCCUGUUCAACUAUGAGGACAUGCAGGAGAUCACGCAGCACUUUGCAGUGGUUCAUGUGGACGCACCCGGGCAGCAGGAAGGUGCACCUCCCUUCCCCAGCGGUUAUCGCUACCCGACCAUGGACGAAUUGGCUGAAAUGCUGCCCUCUGUGAUGACUCAGCUCAAGGUCAACAGCGUGAUCGGCAUUGGCGUUGGAGCUGGGGCGUACAUCCUCACCCGCUUUGCACUGAACAACCCGACUCUGGUGGAGGGACUGGUUCUGAUUAACGUCGACCCAUGUGCCGAAGGCUGGAUUGACUGGGCAGCUUCAAAGCUGUCUGGAUGGACCAGUAAUCUGGUGGAUAUCGUCAUGGCUCACCACUUCAGCACUGAUGAGCUGACAGAGAACCAUGAGCUGAUCCAGACAUAUCGUCUGCAUAUCGCCCAAGAUAUCAACCAGGACAACCUGGCCCUCUUCUGUGGCUCCUACCAAUACCGCCGGGACCUGGAAAUCGAGAGGCCAGUCGUGGGUCUCAAUGAGGACACAGUCAACACACUAACGUGCCCCGCGUUGCUGGUGGUUGGUGACACAUCACCUGCUGUGGAGGCUGUGGUGGAGUGCAAUUCCAGGUUAAAUCCGACCAAGACCACACUGCUAAAGAUGGCUGAUUGUGGAGGCUUGCCCCAGGUUGUGCAGCCAGGGAAACUUGCUGAGGCCUUCAAGUACUUUGUUCAGGGGAUGGGCUACAUUCCCUACGUUCUCCUCAGUCACCUGAGCAACGAAUCAGUGCCGUCAGCGGGAAUGACUCGUCUGGCUCGCUCGCGCACCACCUCCUCUUCUAGCAUCACCUCCAUGGACAGCAGUCGCAGUCGCAACAACCUCAACAGCCUGCUGGAGGGCAGCGCCACUGGGGGGCUGGACAACCAGGCCAGACCCCAGACCAUGGAGGUCUCCUGCUAAACCCCAUCCCACCCCCUGCACCCUCCCAUAGUAACUUAUGUGCCCCCCCCCCCCCCCCCCCCCCUAUCUUUCUGUCUCUCUCUAUCCCUCUCUCAUCCCACUCCUAAGCAAUUCAAAGCCAGGAGGAUCUGUAAUGAAUUAUGUGAUUAGAAAAGCGGAUGUAAUAAAUAUAUUAACAGAUGCAUAUUAUUAAAUAUUAUAUUGAAUACACCAUCAAAGUCACAUUCCUACAAGAAACCAUAACUACAUUCAGAUGUGUUGUAUAUUCAAAUGGUCAAACCGUAUCUUUGACUCAGCUGUCCAACCUCACCCUCUUGUAUUUAUUUUUUUUUCACAUUGUAUUUGUUUAUAUGUCUUCACACACACUGUAGAAAUCCUCCAUGUGUUCAAAGGAACCUGUAGAUUCUUUUUUUUUCAUUUAAUUGCACAGUACAACACUUUUACUAUUUGAACUGGUCUUCUCUGUUGUCAAAAUGUGGGCUAUACUGAUUGUGAGUCAUUGUAUAUUUGUUUUUAUUCUCAAACACUGCUGCAAUACAAAUUAGUCACAAAUAUAUGUAGAGGGAUCACUAUACGUACAGUAGCUGCAGAAAUAGGAUGGCAGUCUAUAUUUAGAAUGAUCCCAGAAAAAGUGAUGUGGAAGUUACAUGGAAGAACCAUUGCAUACUGUAGCACUCUGUAAGUAAAACUAAAUCAAAGCAGUGGUGAGAACUGCAUUUAAACAUGGAAGAACAUUCAGUGUUAAGAACAAGUGUACCAGUGAGUCGACUGUCACUUCACAUUCAUUCAUUAAUUCAUUAAUCUUGGAUUCUUUUUGUAACUGAACUCAUCGUCUCCUUUUCUCUUUCUGCUUUGUGUUGAUGUUUUUGUUCACUCGAACAGAUUAUUCAGUGAUGUUUUAACAACCUUUAACAAGUGGGUUCUGAUGUGAAAAGUGUGAGUCCCUUCACUGAGGGGCCCAGUGGUGCUUCUCACUGUCUGCUGAUUCAACUCAUUUAUAUUACUACUGAAUAAAGCUACAACAUGAGAA